UGUUUUUGUUUUUUACUAAAAAUUAAUGAAUGGUCGGUUCAUCUAAUUCUAUCAAGUAAAUAGAAUGUUUGAGAUUAUUACUUGCGGGCUCGAGAUACAUGCAGUCAUAUCACGGGAUCAUGUGACACAUUGCACAGACGAUGUAAACAAAAGAAAGUUGUACUGUUGUAGGCAGAAUAUUAAAGGUAAAUUAUUGGAAUUUAGGCAAUGUGGUGCAAUUAUCUUAACUCAGAUGAUAAAAUGUAAGUUAAAUAGGAUAAAACUUUAAGUAGACAUAUGUGUAACCGUGCUUUUAUGAACGAGCAACGAUGUACACUAAUUAAACCCGAAAUGACUCAUCAAGAACCCAGGGUAAAGGUGAACUACUGAUUGGUGACGUGUUGUUCGUACACAGAUGAUAAUGAAUUGACCAGUGCAGAAUCCGAUUGCUAUGGAGCCAAUAUUAUGGAUACCAGCUAUACUGGCUGGAAUGACCACGUGGCUGUACGUGUUGUCAGUCAAUCUACCAGAGCUAGGAUCAAACAACACUGUAAAAGGUGACCUAAAGUUUCCUACCUCAAUGGAUGAUUUACAUUCAGUUGCGGACCUUUUGAUGAUGUAUAAAGAAGAACACUUUAUAUAUGUGUUAGUCUUAUUCUGCAGUGCCUAUAUCUAUAAGCAGACAUUUGCUAUUCCAGGCUCAGUUUUCAUGAAUCUUCUGGCUGGUGCCCUGUUUGGAGUGUGGAAUUCCUUUCCACUUGUCUGUUUCCUUACAGCUACAGGAGCUACAUGUUGUUACAAUCUGUCAAAAUACUUUGGCAAACAAUAUAUCAUUCAUUAUUUUCCAGAAAAAGUUAAAUUUAUGCAAGAAAAGGUACAGAAAAAUUACGACAGUUUGUUUUUCUUUCUUCUAUUUUUGCGAUUUUUUCCAAUGUCUCCGAACUGGUUUUUGAACAUGUCUUCACCCAUACUCAAUAUUCCUGUGCAUAUGUUCUUUUUCUCGGUGUUCAUUGGUUUGAUGCCGUAUAAUUUUAUAUGUGUUCAGACUGGGAAUAUGCUCUCUCAGAUCACAAGCAUGGAGGAUGUGUUUACCACAGGGACAUUUCUCAAAUUAGCAGCAAUCGCUUUGGUAGCCCUUGUGCCAAGUUUUAUUAUGAAGAAGCUGAAGAACAAAAAACUGAAAUCAGUAUGAGCAUUUUAUUUUAAAGUGAGGCUUAAGUAAAGAAGAUUUGAGUUUGAUUUAUUCCUGAAAAAAAUAUGAUUACCAUGUGUUGCCGACAUGUAUUUUGCAGUUAAACGCAGUGAUUUUUGCAAUUAAAUACAUGUACGACUGUGAAAAAAGAGGGGGAAAACCAGCAAUGCAUAGUUUUGCGAUUAAACGCAAUACAAUGUACUUUGCAUCAAGAUUUCGCUUAUGAUCAUAGUAUAGAUAUUCAUUGGAAAAAUUUUAAUAAACGAUAUACCAUCAUCAUA